AUGUCUUUCCGUGACCAAGCGAACUACAUGUUCCCGAUCUCCGCUAGCGUCAUCCUUGUCUCAUUCCUCUUCGCCUUCUGGGCCUACCCACGUACUGUGCUCUGGUCCAGUUACAAGUACAUCGAAACCUGGUUCAUUGUCAAAUUUGGGAUCUACGAACUGUUUUUAUGGUUCAAAGAAUGUAAGCAGGAUCUGACGACCAGCGGCAGCAUAUUGAAAAAGCUCGAAAAGAGCGUUGAGAAAAUGAAAGGCGACGUGAAGAAGAGGUAUCGCGAAUCCCGCCAGGCUAAGAAGGCUAAGGAGGCAGCGGAAACCGGUCCUCUCCAAAACAAAGAUCAGUGCCGUCGACCAGAUAUAGGGAGCAUAGGUGACGAUUCUUCCCAUAGUAUCAGUUCGACAGAAGCAGGCAAGCAGGGGCGUAUACAUCGCAGGAUCAUCUUGUAA